AUGGAGGCGCAUCCGUGUUUUGCCCAGAUCCGCCCACAGCUCGAGGGCGCCAGCGAGGCACUCCAGGAGCUUGUCUUCCAGGUCUACAUCGACCUGCUGCUUGCAAAGCAAUGGCGCCAGGUGAGCGUCCACCGAACCGGGUACAGCGACCAUCCAAUUGUACUCACGGGCAAGGGUCGGAAUAGCCGAGCGCAGGCCGAUCAGGGGGACCAUUUGGUGGUCCCUGUGUUUGCAUCGACACAAUGGUCGAUCGACAGCACAACCAAGCUGCUCCAGCAUCUGGAGACCUGCCAGCUCGGCCCGGUCGCCAAGAACAGCAUGAUCCUCGGGAUUCAUGCUCCCGACUCGACGGUUGUCUACUACGAGAUCCACAACGACCUUGUCCCUCCGCCGAUGGGAUGA